ACUAGCUGUCCUUUCAGAGUCCUGUCACCUUUCUGUUCAUUCAUAUUUGACGUAGACACUUGUCGUUCAAUUGACUCGCGUAGCUUGUGUUCUCACCAUUCAACACCAUUCAUCGUCCGACGUAAAGCAACGCAAUAUCUUCCACGUCAAGAACUCAAGAAACAAACAACAGCACCAAAAAAAUAACCGACCUGCUCCCUCGUUUCAAACAAUGCAGCGCCUCAGCGUCCUCCGCCUCAAGGCGCUUUCCCAACCUUCUUCCACAGUCUACACGAGCCCUACCAUCCCCAUCCACCUGCACCUCCAGGCCCAGUCCGCCCUCGCACGGAACCGCAUGCCCAUCGCGUCCAACACGACAGCCAAGCUCGCAUCGACAUCCUCGGCACCAAAGUCGGCCGAGGGGCCCAGCGCGCAGUCUGGCGGCUCGCGCUCCAAGGACGCCGCCGAGGCUGCCGAGGCCAGAGGCGACAAGCCCUCGUCGUCGUCGUCAUCAGCAGAUCCCGAGACGGCCGGCAUCGACAGCCUCUCGGAGCGCGACGCCCUGGGCCGCACCGGCGGAGGCAAGCCGCUCGAGAGCAGCUCCGAGAACGCUCCGCCGCCGCCAAAGGUCAACAACUCGAGCAUCCCGGGAGAUGGGCGGGGCAAGCUGAGCAAGGAGCAGAAGCAGGAGGUGGACGAGCACAACCGCGAGUUUGAGGAGAGGCACGAUAGGGCGUCGCCUGCGUCCAAGGACAAGGUUAACAAGAGCUUUUGGAGUGGGGGUGGCACGCGCAAGUCGCCUGGAACGGAGUGAACAGUAUAGUUGGAUUGCGUGUUUGCUUUUGCUUGUUUGUACUUUCUUUUUCUCGUCACGAAUGCUACUGUAAUGACCAACUGCGAUUUCUUUUUAUCUGGUAGAGAGCCAUUUUUGUGCAUCCCCCACACAGCUUUGCCAAGAAGCUGCUCGUCAAUUUUAUUGCUUUCGAAGACCAUAUACCGGAGCUAUACCCUUGGUGAAUGCUGCAAAUGGGAAUCGGAAAAUCUUGUUUUGAAGGUUCAUGGCAUGUGCCGCCCGAGGCAGCAUCACAGGUACCUGAGGUGUUUAUGAUGAAAUUUCCUCACUGGGGUUAGUUAGUUUUUCGACACUUGGACAAGGAGCAAUAAAAUCUAAUUUGGAAAAAUCCCCCCG